UUUUAGAAUGACACAAUCCUAAAACUUACAACAUUCUUUCUUUUUAACCAUCUACCAAGCAUUCACACAUUAUCUAUUUCCAUAUCGCAAUGGAGCGUCCUUCGACGCCGCCACAGACUCGAAAUGCGAACCCUUCUAAUCCCAUAGUCUCUCCUCCCACUCCCGACGUAACCAGGCGCAUUGAAGAAAACCGCCUCAAAGCCAAAGCACUUCGCGAACAACACGAAUCCGCCGCCCGCGCAUCAGGCGCACCCUCCCUCCCACGCACAUCCUCCGGCUUCAUCGCCACCGACGACGUCCACGUCCCCAAUACACGCAAGCGCGCCUACGAUGCCAUAUCCGGCGGUGGCCGAGUCCGCGAUACCCCUUCUACAAGUCGCGAUGGCCGCGCAAACAACGCCUCUCCGGCUAAGGACGGUGCCGACAAGGCAAAGACAGACAAAGAUGAUGGGUCUAUUAGACCGGCGAGAAAGUUCACCAAGUUCGUCGAUUAUGACUUGGGUAAGAUGACGGAUACGAAGGGUGGUUUUCUGAGCGCAGAAGAUGAUCCUUGGAAUAAGGCUAUGUCGGGGUCGAUUGCAACAGGGAAUGGAGGCGCUGCUGGACCAGCCGAAGGGCCGGAGGAACAGAGACCGAAGGGGAUGACGGUGCAAGAGUGGGAGAGGUUACAAUUACUAAAGAAACUACGACGACAGAAGGCAGGACCAUUCGAGCCCGGUUUGAGCUCGCUGCAAGACAAGAACGAGCGGAAGAAAUGUGCGGAAUGUAAAAGUCUUGAGAUUGAUUUCGUAUGGGAGGAAGUAUUCGGAUGCGCUGUGUGCAACGCUUGCAAGGAGAAAUAUCCCGAGAAAUACAGUCUUCUAACCAAGACAGAGUGCAGGGAGGAUUACCUUCUCACAGAGCCGGAGUUAAGAGACGAAGAGCUAUUGCCGCAUUUAUCAAGACCCAACCCGCAUAAGUCACAUUGGCACGACAUGAUGUUAUUCUUACGAUACCAGGUUGAGGAGUAUGCAUUCAGCAAAAAGAAGUGGGGGUCUGCUGAGGCGUUAGAUGCUGAAUUCGAACGCCGCGAAGCCGAUAAGAAAAAGAGGAAAGAGGCUAAGUUUAAGGAGAAGCUACUAGAUCUGAAGAAGAGGACAAGAACAGAUGCGUAUCGAAGGCAGAGAGGAAAACUUGGAAUAGGUGGCAAUGGAGGAAGCAGUGCUGCACCAGGCAAGAAAGCUAAGUUUGGCGAUGCAAUAUCCACUGGUGGCAAGCAUGCUCAUGAAUGGGGACGAGUCAUUGAGAACGAAGAUGGCGCGACGGUGAAGACUUGUACAACAUGUGGCAUGGAAGUUGAGGAGAUGGAGUUUUAGACACAAUAAUGAUACCCAGCCGCAUAGGCGAAUAACAGAAUUGGCAUCGUUCAUAAAAGGCAAUACACCGACCAUGCGGAAUAUUCUUGUCGCAUCACACAAGAAACCAUAUAGCGUAGCCAAACACUUUUAGUAAAUUAUAAGUCGCAGGCUUGCUACAGAGAUUUGCGAUUUUCGGCUAAGUGCCUUAUUUCGGACUCAACGCAUCAUAGAAGCGCAUGUAUACUUGGACAUCAC